UCCCCUUGUGGAAACCGGAAAAUUAGAACAGGGAAACACAAACGUUACCGAGCACUGUAUUUUGAAGCUGACAUUUAGAACUUGAACUCAAUCAUUGGUGUCAAAUAAAUAUUAUUGUUUGAAUGAGGAACAAAAUAGAGUGGCGGCAAACAAUCUAUAGACGGAGAGGAGAGAAUUUUUUAGUCAAAAAUAUGAGUUUCAUUCAUUUUUCAAACCAAGCUCAAAGCUAUGGAGUUUCCUUCUUCUUCUUCUUCUUCUUCUUCUUCUUCUCCGUUUCUCUGUCCGAUCCACGAAUCUCUGAAUCUGGAACCUACUGUGGAACCUCGAAGGCGCCGCCCAAAUCCAGAUUCAUCCCCACCUUCAUCGCAGAAAUGGAAGCCAUGUCCGAGCUUCUCACAACUCGCAAUUGGACCACUCACUUCGUCAACUCCACGCCUCCCAUGUUCGCCCUCUCUCAAUGCUUCCACGACCUCUCCCACACCGAUUGCCUCCUCUGCUACGCCGCCAGCCGCACCACCCUCCCCCGCUGCCUCCCCGCCCUCUCCGCCCGCAUCUUCCUCGACGGCUGCUUCCUCCGCUACGACAACUACAGUUUCUACAAGGAAUCCACCGAUCCGAUUGCGGAUUCCCUCAAUUGCACCUCCGGAGUUGGCGAGAUCGUCGACGGAACUCAGAGGGUAGGGUUUGUGAGGAAUGUAGGGCUGUCUGUUGGCGCUGUGACGAGGGCGGCCAUGGCGGACGGCGGAUUUGGAAUUGGUGAGGUCAAUGGAGUGUAUGCCUUGGCGCAGUGUUGGGGGAGCGUUGAGCCUGCGGGGUGCAGGGAUUGCUUGGACAAGGCGAGGAGGAGCAUUAGAAACUGCUUGCCGAGUACAGAAGGGAGGGCUAUGAAUGCUGGGUGUUAUCUGAGGUAUUCGACUGUGAAAUUCUAUAAUGAUGGGCAAGAACAACCGGAUGAUGAUGAUGAUGGAUUUUCUGGAAGAAGAGCUGUUGUUGCCAUUGUCUUAGCUUCAGCUGCCUCCUUGAUCAUCUCCCUUUCAGCUGUUUUUGCAUGCUAUACAAGAAUAUCAAAGUUCAAGAAAGAGAAGAAAAAACAAUCCCUUAUUCCAACUUCCUUCAAGGAUUCCAAUUUGAAUUUCAAGUAUGAAACGCUUGAAAAGGCAACAGAUUACUUCAACCCAUCAAGUAAGAUAGGCCAAGGUGGAGCUGGUUCUGUAUAUAAAGGAACUCUUCCAAACGGGCAGAUUGUUGCUGUGAAGAGAUUGGUUUUUCAUACCAGGCAAUGGGUGGAUGAGUUCUUCAACGAGGUGAAUUUGAUCCGCGGAAUCCAACACAAAAACCUCGUCACGCUUUUAGGUUGCAGCAUCGAAGGGCCCGAAAGUCUGUUGGUAUACGAGUAUAUCACGAAUAGGAGCCUCGAUCACUUCAUUUUCGAUAAGAACAAGGUUCAGAUUCUAAAUUGGAAGCAGCGUUUCGACAUUAUUGUGGGAGCAGCUGAGGGGCUUGCACAUCUUCAUGAAGGUUGUAAAAUAAGAAUAAUCCAUAGAGACAUAAAGAGCAGCAAUGUUCUGCUGGAUGAAAACUUCACUCCAAAGAUUGCUGACUUCGGCCUCGCUCGGCAUUUUGCUGCCGAUCAGACUCAUCUUAGCACUGGAAUUGCUGGGACGCUUGGUUACAUGGCUCCCGAGUAUCUCGUUCGAGGACAACUUACGGAGAAAGCAGAUGUCUAUAGUUUUGGAGUUCUGAUACUCGAGAUCGUUUGCGGCAGAAGAAACAGUUCAUUUGUGGAGAACUCUACCCCACUCCUCCAAGCAGUUUGGGAACUGUACAAAUCAGGGAGAAUAGCUGAAGCCAUUGACCCUUGCCUGAAUAAUGAUUUCCCUGCAAGAGAAGCCAUGGAUGUUCUGCAAAUAGGGCUGUUAUGCACCCAAGCCCAAGCUUCUUUGAGACCGUCAAUGGUGGCGAUAGCGAAACUGCUAACCAGUGAAGGAGAAAGGGAGGUUGAGAUCCCAAAACAGCCUCCAUUUUUGAAUCCAUGUGGACCCUCAAGAAGGUCUUGCAGAAUUAGCAGCUUGGUAUCUCAUGCAGUUUCCAAACUGGAAAUUUCUUCUGCCACAUCAACAACAGACUCAGGUUCUUCCUCUAACUUGCCUUCAAGAAGUGGAGAUUUUGCUGAUUUGAAUUCAAAUUGAACUUUCAACUCACUUUCUACACCAUAUCAAUUCACUCUCUGAUUUUUUUUUUUUUUUUUUUUUGGCCAAAAGAAGUAUAUAACCCUUGAAAUAGUCUACAACAAAGCAGUGGAAAAUCCAUAAUUUUUGUU